AAACUUUACCCGUCGGACUUAUUACGGUACGGCUGCCUGCUUGGAACUGGGUUGGCCGCUGCUGGAAUGUCUCAGACUCUCAUUCCACCUUCACUCUCUUCUUCUACUCUAUCUGAAAAGUCUAAUCUCCUAAACCCACCCUCUCCAUUCUUCUCAAACCCCACCUUUCAUCACCGGUGGCACUCGCGGAAUCGGGUACAUAUUUUUACAUACAUAGAUAAAAAGAAGUCUUGGAAUUUAUUUUCUUUUCCUCUUUGGUUUGUGAGAAUUGAGAAAUUAAUUAUAUUGUGAACUGGGAAUUGGGUUUUGGUUUUUCUACCUUUUAGGCAUGCUAUUGUGGAGGAAUUGGUGGGGUUUGGAGCCAGAGUGCACACGCGCUAUCGGAAUGAGAGUGAGCUUGAUGGGUGUCUGAGUGAACGGGAUAAUUUGGGUUUUGGGGUUACUGGGUCAGUCUGUUACGUGUGAGAGAGAAGAGCUUAUGAGCACUGUGUCCACUUUGUUUGAUGGGAAGCUCAACAUCCUCAAACAUACGGAAAUCGGUAGUGGAUUUCACAGAUGCAGGAUUUUCUACUCUCAUGGCAGCCAAUUUUGAAUCUGUUUUCCAUAUUUCUCAACUUGCUUAUCCACCUCUCAAAGCAUCAGGAGUGGGAAGCAUUGUAUUCACCUCCUCUGUAUCGGGUUUUGUUUCACUAAAGUCUAUGCCUGUUCAGGGAGCUACCAAAGGAGCAAUUAAUCAACUUACUAAAACUUUGGCUUGUGAGUGGGCAAAAGACAAUAUAAGAAGAAGCAGUACCAAAAAUAUAUUCCAACAAUGUGUGUCUGAACAUCAUUUUCUGCUGCUCAUGGUAAGCUGAAGCCAUUUACAGUUAUCCCUCCAUCAACACAAAUGGUCUGACCGGUUAUGUAAGAAGCUGCAGGUAGGCAUAGGAAUGCCACCAAGGAAGAAACUUCCUUUGGCUCUCCACCACGUCCAAGAGGGGUUUGAGAGAUAACAGCCUCCAAAAAAUUUGCAUUUCUCACCGAAAACUGCAAAAAGAAGAAAAUAUAAAUUGUCAUGGUUAUCAUGAUUCAUGUUAAUUAUUAUUAUUUUAAAAUUUUAAGUUGGAACCUAACUUAGAUAAUGACCUCUUUGAAGGAGCCAAGGUAUUAUAGAAUACUGCAGUAGGUUAAAUUCAGUAAAUUGUUCACAUUUCUUAGCACAUGAAAAAUGCAAACUUACAAUUGUUUGUUUAUUGAGAGUGUGCAUUGUACAACUCAUUUGGGAGGGGAGAAAGGAAUGAAAUGGAAAUGAAUGAAAAAAAUAAUUUUAGAAUGUUUUCCCUUUUCU